AGUUUGAGCCCCCAGAUUUCCAGACGUUAUGCAAUUUCGGGACACCCUUAUAAAUAGAUAUUUAAGAUACAAAUGCAGAGUUCCUAAUCAGUACUCAGCACUUCAAAAUCAGGAUCUAGAAAUAUAACUCAGAACUUAGAACUCAGGACUUGAAAUUUAAGCAAGUUAUUCUCAACUGGAGAUUUAGAUUCCAAAAUUCGUUAUCAUAAUUUAUUAUCUCAUCAAUGAUCUGAGGAUUCGGAAUCAAUAAUUCCAAACUUGGGAUUAAGAUCUAAAAAAUCAGAGCUUUGAAUUUAGAUUUCAAAAUCAUUUACCAUAUUUUAUUGUUAUUAUUGUUGCAGACACGAAUGCCACAAGGAUGGUGAAGUGUCGUAAAUAUAAAAAUUUAAAAAAGAUAUUUUUUAUGUUUGUAGGUUUGUCAGUAUUUUUUAAAGGAAUUCUAUAUAUCGUGUUACAUACUCAUAUGGGCGUAUAUCAUCAUUAUAUGACAUCAGUAAAAAUAUCGAGCGUGUUCGAUCAACGUUCAAAAGCCCCCUCACCAGGUCGUAUUAAAAUUCAUAAACUCUUCCCCAUGCUUAAAUUUUGCGAAACCAAUCAACUUGUUUAAUUAGCUUAGUCUUUUCAUAUCAAACUCAGCUUCUUCGAUGCCAUAAAUUAACCUUAUUAAAUAAUGCUUCAUCGAUUCUGUUCAUGUUCUCUCUGCUCACGUAUAAAAAGCAACACUCUCAUCUUUAACUAUGGAAUCGACUCAGUUUCAAACAUCCAUUUAGGAGUUCAAUAAUUUAUAUACAUAUAUAAGCCGUAACGAAUCCCCAUUCAAAAUCAUUUGAAAACACCCACAUUCAGGAAUCACAGGAGGUGGUUCAUACCUUAGUCGAAACCAUAUCAGAAAUCAUACACUCUCGUUUUCACAAAAACCGUCCAUAUUUUUCAUCCAAACCCCAACCUCCAAAUCGUCCCAUCCAUAACUCACCUCGAGCUAGACGUUAAGCAUUAAAAAUCGCGCAAUCACUAGAGCACGUGCCUGUACCUAAAUUAAAAUUGACGCUUAUUCGACAUUUGUUUUUGCUCUUCAUCUUUUUCCAACGUUUGGCCCCACCCACAACUUCUUGAACCCACCACCACUGCUGGAUGGCUUCUGCUGUUGCCGCUACAACGAUUUGGCAUCAAUCCGCGAACCGAAAAACCACAAUGGAUCAAACAUCAACUUCAACAAAACGGCGUCAUCACCUGUGCGAAUGCUGCGUUGCGACGACGUCAACCUCGCGACGUCCUGGCGUAACUGAUUGCGGUCGUAAAUCCUAUGGAUCCUGGCAUCGCGGCCGGAAAUGUCAAUCUCGGCCUUUCCGACGCCAUCGCACACAACAGAAUUGCGGAUCCUUCGCAGAGGGAAAAUCUCGGCAUCAUCGUGCAGUACAAAGUGAAGGUUAAGCUGUGCAUUACACCACUCGGAGGGGACCUGGUCGCGGAACUGCCUUUCAUCCUGAUGCACCCGAAACCGGACGACGACGAGCCGGUGAUAGGCGAUCGAUCCCCAGGACGGACCACAAAUUCCGCCGCCGAUGGGAAGCUGGCCUCGGGAGCCGGCGGAAGUGACCUCAACCGCAACAGCACCUACCAUGGCGAUGCGGCCAAAGAGGACGGGCCCAAUCUAAUCCAGCUGGAUGGCGAUGAAAACUGUCCUGACGACGACAUCAUCUUCGAGGACUUUGCACGGUUACGCUUGAAAGGGGCCGAGACGGAAGCCUAAUGCGCAGUAGAUCGUCGCCGGAGUCGAAGGCCGUAGCCGUAGCAGCACGACAACAACAUCAACAACAACAGAGACACUUACAUACUGACACAGAUCCGGCCAAAGCCAACGAAUGCUGCAACUCCUUCUGAAACGACUGUAAACCCGAAAUAACCAAAAGAAGAACCAUCGCGUUGAAGGUGAGAAGAAAAUGUCACUCCCUUGACGUUUAAUCAAGAGAAACUUUGUGAGAGAGCGAGCAGCUUUUAAACCUUGGACUCUCAGAAGAGACCCACAGCCAGAAAGUCACCAAAAGUGGCACAGCUUUGAUAGUUUUUUUUAUCUUUGAGCGACCGAAUGGACGUGUGUACAGAUAGAAACUUAUCGAUUUCGCAAAGAAACUUUGUGAAACUUGAGCCAAACGAAAAAAUAACAACAACAACAGUAAAGUAAAGUAAACACACAAGAAAAAUGACGACCUCAAACUGUAGUGACUGUAGUAGAAGUAGAUCAGCAGAGACGAACAAUGAGCAACAAUGAACGCACUCAUCCCAUGAGCAAGUAAGAGAGUUAGUUAGAGAGAGAGCCCUUGUUUUUGCAAAAAAAAACACGAACACACUCAAAAACACCCACUUUGUACUAGUAGUUGUAGUGUUGUCGCACAAAAAUGCAUUGAAGAAAUCAAUGAAUGAACCACCAAAACAUCUUAAUGAAUGAGUGAAGCAAGGGCCCUAGCUUUUAAGUUGCACAAUGUCACGUUAGGCGUAUGCAAAAAGUUUCAAAUAAGAAAGAAAACAAACUUUUAAGGGAAAGAGAGAAAUGAUUAUGAGCGUAUCUGCUUCGUAUGAUUGUAAGAGAAAGUGAUGAGAGAAAGUGAGAGAGUUAGCAAACAAAACAGAACAACGUUCUUGGUUAUUGUUUUCUGUGUUGACGAUGUCAGAAAAGUACUAUUACUUGUAGAUGGUGUAAAUUUGUGUGUACUUUUUUACUGUACCAAACGCCUGUAUGAAAUUCUGAGAACGGGAGAGAAGGAGAAGAGACAAAUGGUCAUGGGAAACAUGCUUUAGUAUCGUUAGUUGCAAGACGCAAAAGAGUGGAAACUGGGAAAAGGAGAGCGCACGCGAAAUAGCAAUGCUGAAUAUGAGUAGCUUAAAACAAAAAGGUAGAAAAAAACGAAAGUACUAAUUUAAGAAAGCAAAACACAAUUAUUCAUUUGAAACAUUUUAAUAACUUAUAAAAUAGUCACAUUAGAUAAAACGCAACCAAGGCAAACAAUUGAAAAGGGAAAAAAAUGAAGAACAAAAACGGCAUUUACGAAAACCUUUCUUGGGUUUCGCUCCAAAUAGAUUUGUUUCAUUAAAAUAAAAAGAGGAAAAAGGAAUCCGAUAAAGUCAACCAAACUGGGCGUACUCUUUGAGAGUGUUUCACCAAUUUUUAUCUCGCCCCAAACUGUUCAAAUAUUACUGAAUAAAAACGAUGGAAGAGAGAAGAACAUUUUAAGCAAACCUUAUCUGCACAUAAUUUAUUCACGUUAUUAUUGAAACUUGUUGGCAAUUCCGACAGUUGUUCCAGCUUUAGCUUUAUUUAUUAUAAACAAAAAAAUCUUACUUUGUUGCACAAAAUGAAAUUUAAGAAAAAAAAAUCAACAAACACCCUUAUUUUAUCAACCAUUAUACACACAAAAAAAAACCCCAAACAGCGAGUAUGUAACUAGGAAAGAUUUCUAAUGUAUAUUAAUCGUUUAUUGUUUUUGUAGCCGUGUAGGUUUUAAGUCUAGAAAUUUGGGAAAAUCAGCUAGUGAGUGGGUCGGUUAGAAAGCACCAGAUAAUUACAAUUGUUUUAGUGCAGCACUAACAACUGCAAAGCAAGCAAAUUCCACCUCCACCCUUGUUUCUAAAAAUAGACAGUACACAGUAUUGAUUUUAGAAAAACAAAAUUUUUAUUCGAUGGAAAAAUUAGGCGCAUAAAAUUUUAUUUUCAGCUGCUCUAGAAAAAAAAGUGACCAAAAAUCAAUCGAAAUUGAAAAUUUGCACUCAAAAUCCGUCAUGGAAUAGGAAUAAGAAGUCAUAAUCCAAAUUUGGGAUCAGAAUUUACAGUCAAAGUUGAGAAAUUUAAAUUUUUAAUAAGCCAAUUUUUUAUUUUAUAUUGUUCAAAUUUUCGCUUUUUUUGUUUGUUUUUGAAAUCAUAAUUGCUUUUGAUUUUUUUUUUUAUUUUUAAUAUUUUGAAUUUUUAAAAUUGAAUAUUUUAAAAUUUUUAAUUUUUUAAGUUUUUGGAACCCAAAAUUACUUGAUUUUUUAAAAUUUUUUAAUUUUAAAAAUUUUGAAUUUUUCGAAUUCUUGUGGUUUUUGAAACUUUGAAUUUUGGGAUUUUCAAGUUUUUAAACAUAGAAAUUUUAAAUCAUUUUUUUUUUAAUUUUCAAUUUUGAAAUUUUGGAAGUUCCUUAUUUUCAAGUUUCAAAA